AUGGCAGCUCAGGCAACUGAAAAGCUGCAAGAGCUUGACCUGAACGGUCAAAACGGCGCGAAGGCCGACGCCCCCGCGGCCGACCAGGCCCCCAAUGAAGCCGAGGAUGAUUCGGAUGACGACCAGGAAGAGGGUGAAGGUGCUCCAGAUGCCGGGGCUGCCGGAGCCGCCAAAAAGAAGAAGAAGCGCAAGUCCAAGAAGAAGAAGAAGGGCGGCGCCAAGGUCCAGAGCUCUCCACCCCGAGUCCCGGUCUCCAACCUCUUCCCCAACAACCAAUACCCCGAGGGCGAAAUCUGCGAAUACGUCGGCGAGAACGCCUACCGCACUACCAACGAGGAAAAGCGCUAUCUCGAUCGCAUGAACAAUGACUUCCUGCAGGAGUACCGCCAGGGUGCCGAGGUCCACCGUCAGGUCCGGCAGUAUGCGCAGAAGAACAUCAAGCCCGGCCAGACUCUGACUGAGAUUGCGGAGGGCAUUGAGGACUCUGUGCGUGCUCUGACAGGCCACUCAGGUCUGGAGGAAGGCGACAACCUCAAGGGUGGCAUGGGCUUCCCUUGCGGUCUCAGCAUUAACCACUGCGCUGCACACUACACUCCCAACGCAGGCAAUAAGAUGGUCCUGAACCAGGGAGAUGUGAUGAAGGUUGAUUUCGGUGCGCAACUCAACGGCCGCAUUGUUGACAGUGCGUUCACUAUGACAUUCGACCCGGUCUACGACCCUUUGCUGGAAGCCGUCAAGGAUGCCACCAACACCGGUAUCCGGGAAGCCGGUAUUGAUGUCCGUAUGAGCGACAUUGGCGCCGCCAUCCAAGAAGCCAUGGAGAGCUACGAAGUCGAGCUCAACGGUAACAUGUAUCCCGUCAAGUGUAUCCGCAACCUGAACGGUCACAACAUUGACCAGCAUGUUAUUCAUGGUGGAAAGAGUGUGCCCAUUGUCAAGGGCAGCGACCAGACCAAGAUGGAGGAAGGCGAGGUUUUCGCCAUUGAGACUUUCGGCAGUACCGGAAAGGGUUACGUCCGGGAAGACAUGGAAUGCUCCCACUACGCCCUCGCAGCCGAUGCGCCCAACGUUCCUCUGCGUCUGUCAUCGGCCAAGAACUUGCUUAACGUGAUUCACAAGAACUUUGGUACUCUACCUUUCUGCAGACGUUAUCUUGACCGAUUGGGCCAGGAUAAGUACCUGCUCGGCUUGAACAACCUUGUCUCGGCUGGAAUUGUCCAGGAUUACCCCCCUCUUUGCGAUAACAAGGGCUCCUACACUGCCCAAUAUGAACAUACUAUUGUGCUCCGUCCCAAUGUGAAGGAGGUCAUCAGUCGUGGAGACGACUACUAG